UUUUUUUAGACCUACCAUUUAUUAGAUAUGGAAGGAAAUUGUCACCUGUCUAUUUAUUCCCACCCACCCUUGUUUUACUAAUCUAAUAUGUAAUGUAACAACCAGUUGGGGCUUUAGCUAUAUUUACUUGUAAGAAAUUUAAGUGUUUACUUUUAAAAAAAAAAUUAUCUAAUAUAACUUUACAUUUUUUUUGCUAUUUAAAUAAAGUUAACAUUUCCUUUAUGUAUUAAAACCUGUGAAAAAAAUAAGGAUUAAAUUGUAUUAGAUUUUUGAUUUUGAUUUCAAACAUUAGUAUAUUUUGUAUAUUUUUACAUAGUGCAAAAGAAAAUUCGUAAUAUAUAUUUUAUAUUGUUGUACAAUUUAAAAAAAGUUUAUAUAUUUAUGUUUAGAUUUUAUUAAAAAUUAUUAAAGAAGUUAACAUAGUUCUGUGCUAUAUAGAAAGUGUUUAUAGUUCAAAUUUUGAACCCAACUGUUGUGCAUAUACCAAAAGUAUUCAGUAUUUAAAACUUUUAUUGUACUAUUACCUCAUUUUUAUAUUUUUUUAUAUUUAUGUAGUUAUCCUAUAUAUAACUUUAUAAUUUUAAAGUUAUCAUGCCUCCCAAGACAAAAAUGAUGCUUAUUGGCAAUUUAAAAAAAUAUAUAAUUGCUAACUUUACAUUGGCUACCGAAACGAGCAUUGAUUGUAGAAAUGGGCAUAUACUCUUUAUAUUUAUUAACAAUGGAGAGUUAUUUACUAAAACUGUUGCAAAAGUUUAUGAGUGUUUUAGCAUUAACACUUGCAAAAAUGAAAUCCAAAAUCUUGUUAGUGUAUUUAAAAAAUGGUCCUACAACUUUUCAAGAAAUGCCACUGAUAUAGCUGAGUUUUGCAACAAGCCAUUUGUGUUUCAUGCACCGGUGCUGACAAUUUCACAUUCAUUGCCACUUACCUCUAGUCCAAUUGAUACUGUUUCUUGUUCUUCAAUCUCAUCAUCAGAAAAUAUCAGUUUUAUAUCUCCAGUAAGUAGUGCAAAGCUAACUCCCACAAACAAUAGCAAAAACAAACAAAAUCUGUAUAAUUUACGAGAAAAAAUGACUCCUACAAAUAAAAAGUUACAGAGUCGGUUAUUUUAUUUGUCAUCACAAUUAGCUAACUCUUCUAAAGAACAACGUUACCAGAUAGCAUUAUUGAAAUCUAAAUUGAACAACAUGCCCUACAAAAUAAAAGUUUUAAGACAAAGCGUUAAAAGAAAAGAAGAAAUUAUAAAAGCUUUAAGAGCUGAAGUUAGAAAUUUGAAACAAAAAUUUAAAUCAUGUUACUACAAUAGGCGUAUUCGAAAUCUUGUAAUGAAAAAAAAGGAAAUGAAAAUUGAAGCUAGAGAACAGCUAAGACAAGUAAUGCUCAAACAUAAUACUGUUAGUAGAGAAAAUAAAAUGGAAAUUGCUAGAUUAGAAAAUGAUAUGACCCAAAUAGAGGAGGUUGAUCGUAUUGCUUCAGUUACUUCAGGAGAUAAUAAAGCUUACUCAAUACAAACUAGAAUGAUAAUCUAUAGCAUGUUAUUGUGUAAUGUUCCAACAGGUAACAUUCCAAUUCUAUUGAAAAAAAUUGCACAAUAUUUUGGUGUUGGUUUGUUGCAUAUUCCCCAGUGUAUCACUGUUGAGCAAAUGGCUCGUGAGCUUGGUUGUAUAUCUGACAUGCAAGCAGCAGAGUGGGCCAUCUCCAAUACAAAUCUUACUCUUGGGUUUGACGCCACCACGCAGGAAGGUGUUCAUAUUAAUAGUGUCCACUUAACGUCAAAAAGUAAAUGUCAGGUCAUUGCUUUAGACCAAUUGCCUGGAGGGACGUCUGAUGAUUAUGAAAAACAUAUAGGUAAUGCAGUGGAUAAUAUGGCUUCAAUUUAUUCCAAUUUUCAUAUGCUCUCCUAUGAUGAUUGUCGAAGUUUGAUUAUUUCAAAUAUAUCAAACACAAUGUCAGACAGAGUUGCAGCCAACCACCUUACUAUAAGCAAACUUUGUGAAAAAUGGGGAAAAACUCUAAAUGAACUAAACUGCCAUUUGCACCCUCUUGACACAAUUGCUACUGAAUGUCGAUUAGCAUUAAAGUCUCUAGAAAAUGAAUAUUGUGAUUUAUUUGGAUAUGAUUGUAUGGCAGUUAAAAUUGUUUUGGCUAUGAACAAAAUGAGGUUUAAAGAUGUCAAAGGCGAUCCAAAAGGAUUUGUUGAUUUUUUAGACAAUAACAAACUAAAUAGGGGUAUCAUUCCAAGAUAUAGAGGAAACCGUCUCCACAUUCUUUUCCAUACUUGUUAUAUUUUUAUUAAACACUAUAAUGAUUUUCUAUGUUUUUUGACCUCUGGAACAGUAAAAUGUGGUACUUUACAAACAGUUCUGCGUGCAGCAUUUUGUAACACAACUGCUAUAAAACAAAUGUGUGUUCUUGGUUUAUUUGGAAAACUUCUCACUGGGCCAUGGAUGACUAAUUUUUAUGUAUCAGCUGAAGAUGCAAACUUUGAUCAUGUCAUUGGUAUCCAGGUAGUUAAAGAUGUUUUGGAAACAAUAAGCGAUUGCAAAUCCAAUCCAGCUGAAUUGUUUAGCAAAACAACUGAUUUUUUUGAGAAAAAGCUUCCCCCAAAGAUUUUAGAACCAAUUACAACUCUAUGCGCUAUUGAUGAUCAGCUUAUCAAGAUGACUUUUGCCUGUCUUAAGGCAGUGGAGGAUGUCUUGAUUCGACAAUAUGAAAGAUACUUUUCCAUUUCUAUUACAUCUAAAUUUAUGGAGGAGACAGCUAGUGCAAGGCUUCACAACAUAGAUAGUGAAGAGUUGAUGGGUAUGUUUAGUGAAGCUAAAGGGAGAUCCCCUAAUGCAACUAUUUGUUUUAUAUCUUGCAAAUUGCGAUCUAAAAAGAAUAUGACUAUGGAUUAUCUUGAUAGUCUUGACCAAAUAGAGAGAGAAAAUGUAGUUAAGUGGUCUAUUAAAGCAGCUCGUAUAAAAAGAAUAACAAAUCGACUGAAUUAUACUGCAUUAAGAGCAGAGAUUUCAAAAAGACAGACAUGCAAAAGGCAAAAAAUGGAUGAAAAAGAAAAAAGGAAGUUGGAACGAGAACUGAGUUUGCUAUCUUUUAAUGAAAUAAAGAAUUUAUACGAGCACUUGUCUACUAAGCAACUUGAUGACUUAUAUGAUUUAAUGUAUGAAAGAAUUGUUGGAAGAGAACUCUGUCAUGAAUGGUUUGAUUCAGAUAAUAGCAAGUCUGUCAUUUAUGAUGGGAUAGUAGAAAAAGUCAAUAAAAGAAAAGAUAACAGAAUUUAUACUAUUUCCUAUUGGAAAAAAGAUGAAACUGAUUCAGAAGCUGUUGACCAUUGCAUGAAAAAAUUCCAACUUGCUGCUGAUAUUGUAUCAGGAGAGUUGAUAUUUUCUUAAUUCAAUAUGCUUUAAUGUUACUUAAUGUUAUUGUGCUUUAAUGUUACUGUCUAAUAGAAAAAGUAGUAUUGCAUGUGGUGUGACUGGCAAUAGAGUAUAGAAAAACGGAUACUUUGUUGCAUCCAAUGUGGUAACUAUGACGAUGAAAAACAGAUACAGCAAGUGGUGUGACUUGCAAUAAAGUACUGCAAGUGGUGUGGCUUGCAAUAAUAUACCGCAAGUGGUGUGACUUGCAUAAUAGUAAUGGCAAGUGGUGUGACUUGCCGAAAGGAAACUGCAAGUGGUGUGACUUGCCAAAAAAUACCGCAGGUGGUGUGACUUGCAAAUAUGGUAAUGCAAGUGGUGUGACUUGCAAAAUAGGUACCACAAGUCGUGUGACUUACAGAAAAGGUACUGUAAAUGGUGUGAUUUGCAAUUUUUUUGAUAGACGGCUCUGGCUUACGUUCACGUCGUGUCUAUUGUUAAAAAUGAUUAUUAUUUAGUUUCAUUGAUGAAACUUAAAAUUUUAAUCAUUCACUAAAAGCCAAGACGCAAGUAAGUAUUUGUUGAAAUUUAAAGUAUUUUUAUUUUUAAAUAUCUAUUUUAGGUGGAAGGGAGGUAUUCGAACGCUGAUUUACAAAAAGAAUGGCAACAUCUUAUAAUGUGGUAAAAUGAUGCAUCUUGUAAUGUGGUUGGAAGGCGCUGUAGCACACACCCUUCCCUUGAUUCUAAAUGUGCGCUACUAGUGUGAAGACGAGAAAUUUUUGUUAUUAUUUAAAAAAAAGUUUUUGUAAUUAUAA